CACUUAUUUGGUACAACUCUGGAAAAAGAACAUGGUACGAUUAUUGAAAAAAUACUUAAAAGUCGCUAAUAAAACAAUUCAACAGACAGGGACGCGUUAUGAGAUGCUGGAUAAGACGUCCGAGGGCAGAUGAUGAAUUCCACUCAAAAGGCCAUAUAAUCGGAGUCUAUGUUGACAAGAGGAAUGUAACAUAUCAAGGAAUGUAUGUCGUGUUUAUGCUUGUCCAUUAACAAAGUCACCAGUACAUGCUAGUAGUGCAGUAUGGCCGCUAACACACCCCUGAUCGGCGACAAGGAGACCAAUAAUUGGUUCAAAGCGUGCAUAGGACUCAAUGUUACGAAGGAAGGACUCACUAACUUUCUUUGCGCAGAAUUACAGAAAGUACACACCGUUGUUGGUAGAAGUUGUGGAAACUGCCCAAUUGAAAACCUCAUACAAUGUCCGACAAACCCAUAUUGUAACAAGAGGACACGGAAUUAUUGUCCUUUUCACAAAUCACAGAAACCGCAGCCAUGCCCAAUUUGUGAUAAUGGAAAACAUAAUAUCAUAUUACACCACAGAUAUGGUGGACCUUCCUGGAGGAACACUCGGGCGGAAAAGUGGGCACUAAAUUAUUGGGAAAUAGGCAAAUGCUACCUCCCUCCGGACGGAUACAGCAGCAUUUCCUCGGUCCAGGAAUCGGACUUUAAUGGUGUGAUAAGCAUCAUGUUGAAUUGCCUACAUUUCCAUACAUGUCUCUCCCCCUUAUGUUUAUCACCUCCACCGCCUGAUAAGCAAUGUCCUCUAGAAAAGGUCCGUCAGAUUGGCCGAGAUGUGCGACACACAUCCGACUGCAAGGUUACAGAUGCUGACUUGCAGGACUAUUUCAAGACACUGUCCACGCUCCUGGCUGACCCACAAUACUUACAACAUGAUCCUUCAGCCAUCAUAGCAUGUACAAGACUUAGUGAUUUGCAGAAUGAUCGUAUGUCCUUUGAAGAACUGGGCAAGCUGUUGAAAGAGGUCAAUCAAACGCUCGAAGAAGCAAAAAAGACCGGCAAACGUUUUUCUGAGAUUGCGGAAAGGACCUUGUCAAACCAUCUGAAGAAAUUGGAUGCUACUUAUCAGUUGGGGCUGAUACGCCUAAAAAAGAAGACAACAGUUGGGGAACAACGCCUUCAUAGCAAGACGAAAUUUGGGGAACAUCGCCUUGAAAGAAAGACACAAUUUGGGACACAGAGAAUUGAAAGCAGUGUACAGCAUGGCAUUGAGCGCAUGCAACAGGCAGCAAACAAAACUGCACAAGCAGACUACGAACGAGAAGUAGCAGAUUUUCGCCGUCGUUUGGUGGAACAUUACAAUGACACUUCGAGCAAUGUGCCUUUUUCAGUAUUGGAUCAGAGUCUUGAUAAACGUAUAACCGAUAUAUAUGCAACGCCGAAAAUGCAACGUUUUGAUAUAGCAAGUGAUGGGGAACGUGUUAAAAAGAACAAAGUACUGACAUACAAGGAACUCUUUUACACAGACGACACAAAGUCAAAUCGACGUGUAUACGUACAAGGCGAGCCCGGCAGCGGCAAGUCAACGUUUGCAGCCAAGUUAGUUCAUGAUUGGUGCGACGAAAAUCGGCCUUCAACGGCAGCUCCCAACAAAAAUGCAUCGUUUGAUGACGUGUUAAUCAUUAAAAAUUUCCAGUUCAUUUUUUUCCUCUCGUUGGGAGAAUCAAGAGGUCAGACUGAAGUAACGCAUAUGAUAAAGCAACAAAUCAUCGACACAAUGUAUUUUGAUGAAAAACGUGAUGUCAUGUACACUCUUUUACUCAGAAUAAUAGAGACGGAAAUAUGCCUUGUAAUACGUGAUGGUCUAGAUGAAUGGGUGGCUCCUGACGGUAGUGACCUUGCUGAACCUUCUAUGGCGGGAUUUCCAAAGGACAAGUGCGCGGUUCUUACAACUUCUCGACCAUGGAAACUUGCUGAUGAGCGUAUCAAGAAUUCACGGAUCGACAUCCUCGUAGAGAUCGAGGGUAUUAGCAAUUCAUAUACAUUUAGUCAAAGAGUACUGCGGUGCAUACUUGACAAGAGCAAGGAUAUUAAGACAACCGCGAGGAAAAUUAGGAGCUUCAUAGAGGAGCGUGGCUUGAAGUCAUUAUCAAAUUCGCCGAUGUUGUACACGCUUGUUAUUUGCACGUGGGUGGACACUAUGGAGGAGGAGGAACAUUUGAACGGGACUUCAUUGUGUGCAUUGUAUACUACUUUUCUUGAAAGCCUGUGUAAGAAGGCGAACGAUACAACUGGCUAUUUUAACGAUUUAAACCCUCCUCAUGUGAAGUGUUUUUCAAGAACAAGUUACCUUCGGCCUAUCAUUCAAAACGUAGAUGUCAUUUCAAAAGCUGCUUUUCAUCUUUUGUUUUCUCCUGAAAAGGAAAAGUCUAUUGUAUUCAACGAUCAGGAAUUGUCAAACUAUCUUACACCAUCUGAACAAGAGUUUGCUCUCAAAGCGGGACUGAUAUCAAAACGGAAAACCAAAAGAGCUUUUAAUUCGUCGAUCUCAUUUAUCCACAAAAGCAUUCAGGAAUUCCUGGCUGCUUAUCAUAUUGCCCACAAUGCACAUUUGGUUGAUGACGUCAUUUCCGGAUAUCUGGGACGUCAUUCGGAUGCAUAUCUCGACAUAUCCCAGGUGUUCAUAUUCCUAUGUGGACUGAACAUAUCGGCUGCCAAUAAGCUAUCUUGCAUUAUGAAUGAACAUCAUAAUAUUAAUAUGAUUGAUAAGAACGAAUUUUCAUAUGAAUACGAUACGUUUCAAAGCAUCAUAGAGGCAGGAUACACAGAGGCUGUUUCAAAUGACCAAACUGGCAUUCUCCUCAGACUCAGUCACUUUUAUAGCGAUGGGGACAACUUAAUUGUCAUGAACAACAUAUGGAGAGAAAACAAGUCCAAUGCCCUGGCUUUGAAAAUAGAGGAAGGCCUGUCUUUGGAAUUAGACUUAUACGACCUAACGUCUCUUGACAGUUCAGAUAGUUCAGAUAGUUCAUAUAGUCCAUGUUCACAUAGCGAGCCAACAUCGCAGGUUGAAUUUGACCUGUCAUCGUGCCUCAAUCUGAAAUUUUUGAUACUUCGGGGAAGCUACAUACACAUGCAAGAUUCGUCGAGUUCGGUCUCAUCGACACUUCCGGUGUGUAUUGUACUAAAUAGUGCAAAUCCAGCCAAGUGUGCAGAUCCUCCACUACUACUGCCUUGCAUAGAAUGGAUUUCAUUGGAAGAUAUUUCAUGUUCGUCUACCUGGCUACGCAGUCUGUUCAGCACAUUACUGACACUCGAGCAAAAUGCUGUGUGUGAACUGAGGAAGGUCAGUUGUCAAGGUACAUUUAUUCGUUCCGCAACAUUAUCGUUUUUAAAGAAAACAUUAGAAUACGAGAGCGAUCCUUUUUUACAAGAGUGCGUCGUUCUAUGGGAGGUUCUCCAUGGUCUGAAUAUAAAGAGCCUUAGUCUGGAUACAAGUGUAAUAAAUUGUGCAGACAUGAUGUCCCAGUCACUUUCAUCGCUCACUCAUCUGGACACGCUUAGUAUUAAAGUGGAUUAUUACAGUCCCGGUCUGUGGGGGGCUCUCCAUGGUCUGAAUAUCAAGAGUCUGAGUCUGAGUGGGUCCAAGGAUGGAGGUUUAAAGGUAAAUUACGCAGACUCGAUGUCCCAGUCACUUUCAUCGCUCACUCAUCUGGACACGCUUAGUAUUAAAGUGGAUGAUGACAGUCCCGGUCUGUGGGAGGCUCUCCAUGGUCUGAAUAUCAAGAGUCUGAGUCUGAGUGGGUCCGUGUAUAGAGGUUUAAACGUAAAUUACGCAGACUCGAUGUCCCAAUCACUUUCAUCGCUCACUCAUCUGGACACGCUUAGUAUUGUAGUGUAUGUUGACAGUCCCGGUCUGAGGAAGGCUCUCCAUGGUUUGAAUAUCAAGAGUCUGAGUCUGAAUGCUUGGCGUGGAUAUUUAAAAGAACAUAAUGCAAACUCGAUGUCCCAGUCACUUUUAUCGCUUACUCACCUGGACACGCUUAGUAUUAAAGUGGAUGUUGACAGUCCCGGUCUGUGGCAGGCUCUCCAUGGUCUGAAUAUCAAGAGUCUGAUUCUGAGUGAUCGGCACGGAAAUUGUAAUGUUAAGCAUGCAGAGACGAUAGCACAGUCACUAUCAUCGCUUAAACAGCUUGAAAAGCUUUCAAUAUUUUUGCGGACAUAUAUCGACAUAAAGCUACCUCAAUCAUUGAAGUAUUUAAAUAUCUACUACGUGACAUUGCUUCCAUCGGAAUUACACGAACUUGUGGGCACACUGUCUGCAUGUACUCGUACAGUUGAGAGUAAGCUGGAAUUCGGUUGCGCUUCUUUCAACGAUGCACGUGUAAAAUCAAUUUCACCAGAGGAAUACAUUUCAAUCCAACAAGAACUGGGGACUCUGAAUCAUGUUGCCGUGAAACGAUUCCGAAUAUUAUACCGGAGAAAAAACAAUUUUUGUGAGUAUGAUGCCGCAUCUCCUUGGUCCGUACGUGGCAUUGGUGGUGUCCAAGACGAUAAUACGGAUGAUGAUAAUGUAAACGAUGUUGCAUAUAAAAGCUUCGUUACCGCAACCGACGACUCAAUAAGCAAUGGAAUCAUUAAUCGAAUUGCAAUGCGACUUCUGAUUACUCCAUCCUCAAACUCAUGAAUCGUCGAUAAAUGCGACUGCAACACGUGAUAAUAACGAGAACAAUUGUAUUCAUUAUGUCUGGAAUAUUUUAAAUAAGAAUGAUAUAUCUCUCUUGGAUAGCAUACAUAGACAGUAGGCAUUGUAAAACAUUAAUUCAACAAGUUUAAAUAAUCUUAACAUUUUUGUGAUGUGUUAUUGGUGUGUAAAUGUUAUAAAUGGAAAAUGUUUGAUGAAAUGCAUGCCAAUUUUGUAAAAGUAUUUAAAGUAUACAAACACCAUAAA